AUGAGAGAGCUCUUAAAUACAUUUAAUACGGACUACGAAGCUUUGCUUUUACACAAUGAAAAUCUCCGUCUCGGUGCAACCACGUCACCAAGCUGUCUCGAUGCACUUGCGCCAGCAAGCUGGUGCCGCACUGCACAGCGCGUCGAGUUGCUGAGCUGCACUAGCGCCCGCGAGCCGCUGCGCCGCACUGCACUCGACAGCGACAGCAUGCAGCGAGGCGUCGCGAAACAUUUGCACCAGCGACGCUACCAGAACGGGUGGGAGAUUGCAGUUCUACCCUAA